AUGGCUUCUUGGGGUCUCAUCUCGAGAACCAAGCACCUUGUCAAAGAAGCCACCGCCCAAGCUAUCAACGAUAAAAGCUUCGCACCACUAACGGCACUUGCGCUCUUCGAAAAGCCCAAGGUGGAGCCAUUAUCCGAGGGCUGGCAGGUAGUCGACAACAACUCGGUUGAAGCGCGAACAAAACGCAAAACCGCCAAGCCACCAAUCGACAUCAAAACCGAGACAUCGACAUCUCGAUCCUUCCUGCAUGUCGUCUUCCCUCUCGAGAAUCUGUCCGACGAAUUUGAACAAGUUCAAUUCGAACGCUUCUCACUAGACCAACCCGCAAAGCUGUGGUAUCGAACCAUGUUGCUCAACCAACCUGUUGACACAAUCGAUACACGAGUCGCCGAAAGCAUAGCCGAGAUUUACAAGGACCAUGGUGUAGAGGGUAUUCUGCAGGUCAUCCUCUGGGCCACAGCUUACCGCUUUCAGUCUGGCGAAAGCGUGUUCUGGAGGAAGGUUGAGGAGCUUGCCGGAGAGUAUGUGAAGGGGAAGCACUAUCUCGUCCUAGUUGAGGGAUGCCUUCUAGAGUUACAGAGAGCGCUUGGCGGCAAGCCAACCUUCUAUGACGGCACUCCUUUCAUUGUGGAUGGAGAGUGUUUCUUCGAGUAUCGAGCUGGGAGGGGCUUGGAAUUGAAGUCGUAUGCGGACGGAUUAUCGAUGCUUGGAGUUGAUGAUCUCUGA